GAUGAUCACUCCGGCAGAGAUAUUGAAGGUUUUUGAGUCAGACUUUGUAGAACGGGAUAAUGAGGAAGUCUCAACGUCGCAAGAAGACUUAAGGUUUUUGGCAAAAUUGAAUGAAGGCAUUAAGCAAGUGCAAGAUGGACACUAUGAGAUGCCAUUGCCUUUUAAGGGUGAGAGGCCAGAUUUGCCAAACAACAAAGCGUGUGCAGAGCAUCGACUCAAAUCCCUAGAGAAGCGUUUAAAGAGAGAUGAACAGUACCAAAAGGACUACAUGGCUUUCAUGAAGGACAUAAUAGCAAGAGGCGAUGCUGAAAGGGUCCCAGAGAUGGAGUUAAGUAGUCAACCAGCAUGGUAUAUACCUCACCAUGGAGUAUAUAACCCACAGAAGCCAGGCAAGAUUCGUAUCGUCUUUGAUUGCUCUGCAAGAUUUCAGAAUACUUCUCUGAAUGAGCAUCUACUGACUGGGCCUGACCUCACAAAUACCCUUGUUGGAGUCUUGUGUCAUUUCCGGAAAGGGCAAGUAGCCAUCAUGUGUGAUGUGGAGCGUAUGUUCCACCAGUUCCACGUUGCUCCAAAGGAUCGGGACUACCUCAGGUUCCUAUGGUGGGAAGAUGGAAACAUGGAAGCCUCACCUUCAGUUUUUCGAAUGAAGGUCCAUUUGUUCGGAGCGGCCUCCUCGCCUGGAUGUGCAAACUUCGGCCUCAAAUACCUUGCCGUACAAGGUCAAGGCAAGUUUAAUCAAGCCACAGUGAAGUUCAUACAACGUAAUUUUUAUGUUGACGAUGGCUUAGCGAGUGUGGACACUGAAGCAGAGGCAAUCCAGCUUGUAAAGGAAGCCAGGGGUCUCUGUAAUACCGGAAAGCUUCGCUUGCAUAAAUUCAUCACCAACAGCAAGACGGUGAUUGCCACAAUUCCAAAGGAGGAAUGUACUGAAGGGGCAACUGACUUUGACUUGACCCUAGGAGAACCUAAAGUAGAGAGGGCGCUCGGCAUCCAAUGGUGCGUGGCUUCAGACAAGUUCCAUUUCAGAGUGUUAGUAAAGGAAAAUCCUUUUACUAGAAGAGGUGUGCUGUCUACAGUUGCUUCCAUUUUUGAUCCUCUUGGAUUCGUCGCUCCCUUCAUUUUAGUUGGGAAAAGGACUCUACAAAAGAUGUGUCAAGACAAGUUAGGCUGGGACGAACCACUUCCUGAUGACCUCAAGCCGCAUUGGGAAGCUUGGUUGCAAGACCUCCAUAACCUGUCUUUGGUGAAGAUACCACGUUGUUAUGUGCCAUCAACAUUCAAGGAUGUUCAACAAUAUGAGCUACACCAUUUCUCAGACGCCAGUGUGUCAGGCUAUGGAGUAUGUUCAUACCUCAGAGCUGUAACCAAGUCUGGAGAAGUCUACUGCACUCUUGUUAUGAGUAAAGCUAGGGUUGCUCCAACAAAGGUAACAACAAUUCCCAGACUGGAGCUCUCAGCUGCAGUGGUUGCCACAAGAACUGGUGAUCUGCUCAAAAGAGAACUAGAAUUGGAUGGCAUUCGUGAAUACUACUGGACCGACUCCAAAGUUGUCCUUGGCUAUAUUAACAACGAUGCACGACGUUUCCAUGUAUUUGUAGCCAACCGAGUUCAGCAGAUCAGAACAAGCACUGAGACUAGUCAAUGGAGAUAUGUGGCUUCAGAACAAAAUCCAGCUGACCAUGCCUCUCGUGGGCUCACCGUAAAGGAACUCAUGGGAUCGAACUGGUUUACUGGUCCAAGUUUCCUAUGGCAAAGAGAACUCCCUAAGGAUGACAUUAAGGUGGGAGAAGUUAAUGAUGGAGACCCGGAACUCAAAAGGGCACAGGUUCUAAUGACCAAGGCAAGGGAAGAGUGGUGUCUGUCAGAUCGCUUGCAAAGGUUUUCAGAUUGGAAGAGGGCAGUGAAAGCCAUAGCAAGGCUCAAACGUUGUGCAAGGAGUGCGAAAGGUUUGGUAGAAAGAUCCAACAAUUCCACAACACUUGAAGAAAGGAAGGAUGCUGAACAAUUCAUAAUUCACAUCGUUCAAGAAGAAGUGUUCAGUGACGAGAUCAAGCAUCUAAGACAAGGCAAGGAAGUUAAUUCAAGUCUUUUCAACAAGCUGUACAAGUUAAGUCCGUUUAUCGAUGACCAUGAUGUCUUACGAGUGGGAGGACGAUUGACACAGGCAGAACUUCACUCUCAUGUCAAGCAUCCAGCCAUUCUUCCUAAAGGACAUCAUAUAUCUCGUUUACUCAUAAAACACUUCCAUGAAAAGGUGCAACAUCAAGGUCGUGGCAUGACCAUCAAUGAAAUCCGCUCCAAUGGUAUUUGGAUUCUGGGAUGCAGUAGCGAAGUUUCAUCUCUCAUCUACAGAUGCAUUAAGUGUAGGAAGCUGAGGAAAUGCAAUCAGGAGCAAAGGAUGGCUGACCUGCCACCAGAAAGGAUGGAAGCUACCCCUCCGUUCACCUAUAGUGGCAUGGACUGCUUCGGUCCGUUCUAUGUUAAAGAGGGAAGGAAAGAGUUGAAGAGAUACGGACUACUUUUCACCUGCAUGUGUUCGCGAGCUGUUCAUCUUGAGGUGCUGGAUGAUCUUAGUACUGAUGCCUUUCUUAAUGCACUGCGUUGUCUUAUUGCUAUACGUGGCAAUGUAAGUCAGCUUUAUAGUGAUCAAGGUACCAACUUCGUGGGUGCAAAGGGAGAGUUCCUGAAGUUGAUGAAGGGAAUGGAUCAAGAACGUGUGAAAGAGUUAGGCUGUACCUUUAUCAUGAACCCGCCUGCUUCCAGUCACAUGGGUGGUGUCUGGGAGAGACAGAUCCGGACUGUAAGGAGUGUACUAACGUCCAUCCUAGACAAGUCUGCAGCAAGACUGGACAGUUCUUCCUUAAGAACAUUCAUGUAUGAAGUAAUGGCGAUCGUAAAUAGUCGACCAUUGACCUCAGAGCACCUCAAUGAUCCUGUGGGACCAGAACCAUUGACGCCGAAUCAUAUACUAACAAUGAAGUCCACCAUCAUUGCACCACCUCCUGGAGAGUUUGUGAGGGAAGAUCUUUAUCUUCAGAAAAGAUGGAAAAGAGUUCAGUUUCUGGCAAAUGAGUUUUGGACCAGGUGGAGGAAGGAAUAUCUGUUGAAUCUGCAGCAGAGAAGUAAGUGGAAUAAGAGCAGGAGAAACACCAAAAUAAAUGAUAUCGUUCUGCUUCAAGAUGAUUUGGCAUCACGAAAUCAGUGGAAGCUAGCUAAAGUGGUAGAAGUUUUCCCAGGAUCUGAUGGAAUGGUGAGAAGACUUAAACUUCUUGUUAGUGAUGCAACACUAGAUAGCAAGGGUGCACGCACAAAUAAGUCAGUCUACUUAGAAAGACCCAUACACAAAACAGUGUUACUACUUGAAGCUGAUUAAAAGGGUUAAGUUUGAAAAGUGUUUAACUGUGUAUGUUAAACGUGUACAAAUACUUAUCCACUAAAUGUUUAUUAGUUCAUGUUGAGUUACUGAGUAUUUAUAAAGUAAAUUCUUUUAAGAAUCACACAUUGCGUGAUGGUGGGAGUGUGUUUGCUGUUACAAGCUUUCGGAAUCUAUAAUGUUUAUUUCCACUAGAUGGCGCUUGUGUACUUCAACACUCAUUUAUUUCAGUAACUUUUUGAUCAGUCUAAUCUGUAUAUUUUUAUAUUUCGACUAUUUUAUAAUGCUUAUUGUGAUUUAUAUACUCAACUGUUGUAUAUUUGAGGAAUAUUUAUUCUUUCUAAGAGUUUUCUUUGGUUAUAUUUUAUUUUGCUCCCAUCGUGCCUUUGUAUGUCACUUCCUGUUUUGUCACGGAGAACGAGUCAGAACUGCGGUCCGAGUUUCACAGAGCAAUUCUGCUGAUCAUAUGGAAUGAUGUAAUCAUUGCAAAGUUUAAAGUAUUUCUAUUUAGAAGUCAUCCGAUAAAGAAGCUUCAAGAUAACCCCUCUCUUAGCUCAUAAGCAGGCAAAAGUGUUCUACGGUGUUGGUGUUGGAGUCUAAGUCCAGAACACAUUAAACAUCAGUUAAAGAACCUCAGCCUUCGCGUCAUGACUAAGGGCGGGCAUAAUAUGUAUGAAAUGUAUUGAACAUGGGCACGCCUUCAGAAGCAAUGUAUAAAAUAGAGAACCGACACAGACUCGACAGACUGUUCUGCAGAGCUUUCUCGGUUUUAUUUUCUCUUGAAAAUAAAAUCUUUCUUAUGGAAACAAAACCCUGAGAUAGUAUGAUUGCUCAGAUCCAUGGAAGACGAAAAUACACUACAGGAUCUACCGUCAUGUUCAUCAUGAGACACACAGAAGCCACAACAGCAUAUUGGCAAAUUAUUAAUAAGCAUUAUUUAUUUGAUUGGCCAUUGCAUUCAUAAGCUCAGCAGAAUCUUAUGUGAUUGGUUAUAAUGCGCAGUGCUGUAAAAACGUGUCUGUCUCUGGCUCAAGUAAGAGUACUUAGCUAAGUAAGGGUAAAAAUACCCAUAUCCUCCAAAAAUUUAAGUUACCCAGACAAUUUACUCAAGUAAAUGUAAUUCAUUACCCACCUCUGAUACUAAAUUCUCAUGUGGGAUCAGUUGUCACAGUUUACUGCAUUUAAUAUUUUUUUAUAUUUAAAAGUUAUGAAGUUUUGUGUAGUAAAACCAAUCUAAGAUAUAAUUCACAGUCAUACACAAAAAAGUAAGACCUUUUGGAUCUGGUUGUUUGAAUCUAAUAUACUAAACCAGUGCUUGAGAAAGCACACCUAAAUUGGAUUUUCAAAAUAACACACCUGUAUAUUGUUCUCAUUAUUUCUUCCACAUAAAGAUAUGACAAAGAUAGUGAGAGUAGAAAUGACAUUUUGGGAUCAGAUCUUGUGAUACCUUCCUCAUGUGAGAAAUGGCCACCAGUUUUAUUUUAAGUGUCACUGGUGGAUAUGACAGGUGGUUUCUUGUUUUGUUGUUUGAACACUGCUGAAUAAAUUGUGUGGUCUGUUUCAGGGUG